AUGUCUCUUGAUCCAUCUAAGCUUUCGGAUCCUCCAAUGCCAUCCUAUGCUUUUACUAUUUACCAUCGCGAUGUAUUUGAAAAGUCAAAGUUCAAGAACUAUGACUCGUUACUUGAAAAUAGGCUUGCUCGAUGUGAGGAUAGAGCAAAUUAUAUCGCUUCAAUUCUUGAUGACAACAACAAUGUCGAAGAAGGUGCAAAUUAUAGUAUCCGCGAAAAGGUUCCAAAAUCAACAAGUAUUUAUUUUGCACAUGGUGAGUAUGUUGCGUCUUUUUUGCUAGGCAGUAACGAAGUCAAGACUUUAUUACAAAUAGACACAGGUAGUGAUUUAGUCUGGUGGCAAUGUGGACCAUGUGAGGCAAAUAAGUGUUACAAGCAAGUUGAUCCUUUAUAUUUCCCUACAAAUUCGAAAACAUAUCGAAAAAUCGAUUGUAAGUUACAUAGUUCAAGAUGUUUAGAUAAUGUGGACAAAACUUAUAAAUGUAAUUCUUAUAAUAAUGAGUGUAACUACAAUAUUAGAUUUAUAAGUGGACAAAGAUCAAAGGGUUUUAUGAGUGAUGAUGUGAUUACUUUUGCUUUAGACCAUCUACCCAUUAGGGUUACAUUUGGAUGUGGUAAAGAUCAAAUGGGUCGAGCCAAUUUUAGUGGUUACUAUUCUGGGAUGGUUGGUCUUGGACGAAAAGUAAAUGUUGGUUCAUAUUCAUUACCAUCACAAUUCGGGUCAGAUUUAAUGUCCAUAUGUCUACCCGGAUUUUAUUCGGGUAAGUCAUCUACUCUUAGUUUCCACACCGCCACGUGGCCAAGGACAACAUCGGCAGAAUUAUUACAAAAUAAAAAAUUUCCUUUAUUUUACUAUGUCAAUCUUUAUAAAGUUUUUAUUAACGAUAAAGAAAUUCCGGUCCACCCAUCAUGGUGGACUUUUACAAAAGGUGGUGGUGGUGGAGUCCUUGUGGAUACAGGAACAACUAUUACUCGAUUUCCUAAGGAUUUGUAUACCGUAUUUCGUUAUACAUUCUUAAGUGAAAUAAAAGAUAUACCUCUGGUUAAAGGUCCGUCGAAGAUUCUAGACACAUGUUUUAAAGAGGAUCCAAGUGGACGAGAGUUGUACUUUCCCGUUGUGAAGUUGUACUUUGGCGGUGUAAACCCUAAUAACAUGUUGUUAUUGGCAAAAGAUAGAGUUAUGGUACACUUACAAGGACAUUAUUGUUUGGGUUUCAUGGGGUGGAAUAGAUCUCAUUCAAUAAUAGGAAGUAAUCAACUUCAAGGUAUAGGAUUAACUUUUGAUACAUCACAAAAUACUUUGUCAUUUGAUUUAGAUGCAUGUAGUUGA